UUAUUCCAUUCAGCUCCUCCUAUACUCAACACGACCUCAAGCUUUGGUCCAAGUACAAUAGACUUGAAAAAUAGAAAGAAGAGGAAGGUUGGAGAAGCCAUUGUCCAACCACUUCCUGCUCUAGUUGUCAAAGUUGAUGACCAGACUGAAAAUUUCUAUAAGAAUUAUGUUUGUAGCAAUGGUGUCAAAUAUGCAAAGUUCAAGAAAAAUGCUCCUUUUGUCAAAGUUGAUGAUAUGGAGGUUUCUUACCAGGAGUUUUAGGAAUCUCUAAAGAAGUAUAGAGAUAUCACAGAUACUUUAAUGUCAGUUUACUGUUCUAUUUUCAAUGGUAAACCAAUGAAGUACUUGUUUGACAAGUCUGAUCGCAAGAAAAUUGCACUAUCUCCAUCUCUUGCGAAAAAAUUGCUUGUUAGCCCUUCUGUAUUUCAAUCCAGUGCUUGCAUUGCUAAGAUUAAGAAAGCUCAUGAACUUCUAUCAAUAACCACUGCUGAUCUGAUAUUUUUCCCUGUGAUAGUUCAGCGUCAUUGGGUUCUGAUUUGUGUUAAUCUUCUCUACAAGACAAUCAAUUUCUUUGAUUCUGUGAAAAUCACGUCUGAUCAUGAUGUUGUUCGUAUGAUUCAAAACCUUGCCACAAAUUUUACAACUGCAUGCUUCGAGGCAAAUAUUUCUACUCAAGGUUUCAAGCAUUUCAAGCCAUAUUCAUCUCUUAGCUAUCCUUGCGAAGCUGUAGUCUUGCUGUGGCAGAGUACCGGAAAAUAGUUGCAUACAAGAUUUUCUACUCUCCACUGAACAUGUAUUCCCGUCUGUUACCAGAGACUGAGUUAGCUGCAUAGUCUUCCUACUAUAUAACUUUAGUGCAACUGGGGUUUUAUCUCUUGUACAUAUUCUUAGUGCUCAUCUUAGCUUUGGUUUUGUAAUGCUACAGAGUAUAGCCUAUCUUUUGCUUCCCCUAGACUUCUCCAUUGAAAGUGAUGUUGGUGAUGUAAUGGCAGACUGCUGUUGUCUGGGAUGUUAUCUCGUGCACGUAUUCUUAGUGUUGUUUUAGGGUUCAGCCAAUGGUGUUGGUUA